ACCAACACACUGACCUGCCAAGACAAGCGAACCCACGAACAGAUGGUGGCCGACAGGGCUCCAAAUAGCGUGUUGAGAUUCUUGGCCCGGUUGUGGCCGGUGGAACGCACAUCACGUUGACCUUUUGGUCGGCAUGUUUCACCAUGCCUGCGGUGGAGUCCACGGCAGCUAUGCAUUCUCGCGUGUGCUGCUCCGCGAGGUGCCCUCGCAGCCUCCAGCGGGCACUUCGGGCACUCAAACCCGCUCAAUUUGUGUAAGGCGUGCAAAUGUCCCGGCGAGCGAGGGGCAGAUCGCGGCGAGGGCGUCCCGGAGGGGCCGCAGCACUCCACAACCAGCCGCCGACGCAACUCCCAGCCUGGACGUAGCUCCCAGCGAUCCCGCUGCCGCACCCAGAUCUGCGCAUAAAGCGUGUGGAGAUGCUGCGGUGGAGGUCUGUGGCGAUGGCGCAGCGGCACGCCCACGGGAGCGCCUCCGCCGGGGGAGGCUCCAGCUGCUUCGCGAGAGCCCGGCUGCGGCAGUGACCUCACAGGCCCCCGCGGCGGCGCUGACCGUGCCCUCGGCCGCCUCCGCACCUGCUUCACCAGCCCGGUCGCCUCAGACGCCAGCAUUGGCACCGCAACCACCGGUGCCACGGGCCCCACUUGAACGGGUGCCAGCACCGGCGCCGGCGCCUCCGCCUGCCGGGCCGCACCUGUCGGCGCGGCUGGUGAUGCUUGCGGCGGAGAACGCGGCGUGCCUGUCCUCGCAGCAGGUGCGGCAGCUGGUGGCCGCCAUCAGGCGCGCGGCGGAGGACCCGCAGCGGCGGCCGCUGCAGCUGCCGCCGGCUGCUGUUGACAGGCUGGUGGCGGAGCUGCGGCGGCGGCGGCAGCUGGCGGAGCUGCAUGACCUGACGGAGGCGGUGCUGGGCGGCGGCGGCGGCGGCGGCGGCGGGCAGAGCAGUGGUGGCGCCGGCGGCGGCGGCUCCGCCGCCGAAGUGGCGGCGUUGGGGAUGCAGCAGCCCGGGUUCUUGGACCCGGUGCUGGUGUCCUUGUCAGCAGCAACAGAGGCAGCAGCAGUGGCGGCAGCAGCGGGACCUGUCCAGGGUGGAGCAGCGGCGGGUGCCCCAGAGGAGGGCCUGCCAGCGGCAGUGGGCGGCUUGACGGGCGCAGGAGCGGAGGCUCGGGCAGGCGGGCGGGUGCUGUCAGGUCGAGCGCGGCGCGGGUCAGCACGGCAGCAGGCGGUGCUGUUGGAGCCGCAGCCGCAGCCGAAGGAUGCGGCUGGUGGCCCGGCGGUGGCUCUGAUGCAGGCGCGAGCUGGCCAUCGGGAGGCGCCUGCGCCGGUCGCUGCCGGUCGCGUGUCAGAGCGGCUGCACCGCGGCGCAUCCGCGGUGGGAGGUGGCGACCUGGCCCAAGGGUCCUGGUCCGGAUCCGGGUCGUCUGGUGAGGAGCUGCGUCGCUUCUUCGACGAGCUGGCGGCGGCGGGCGGGCGACUGCUGCCGGGCGAGGCGCUGGCGGCGCUGGAGGCGUGCGUGGUGGUACGGGCGCUGCCGCGGCGCGAUACCUUUGAGGUGCUGCUGCGCACCAUCCGCCGCGCCGCCGCCACGUCAGCGGCAGUGGGCGCGGCGGGCGCUUGGGGGCCGCUGGGCGCCCCGGUGGAGGCGCCGGUGGCGGCGGCGCCGCAGCAGCCGGGGUUCGGGGCGUCGGCAGCGCAUGCCGCGGCACCGGCUGGCACUGCGGCUGAGACGGCAGCGGGGCCGGCGGAGCGGUCGACGGGGGCGUUGCUCACACGGCCGCGACCGGUGACCACCCCUCCAGGGCCUCCCCUGUCUGCAUCCUUACACAGUUGGCCCUUGGGGGAGGUGGGGCCGCCAGCGGCCGCUGUCUUCAACGCGCCGCCCGCCAUGUCGCACGGCCGCUUCACAGCGCCAGCUGCAUCGCCUCCGCUGGGCCUUCCUGGGAGUCUUUUCGGGGACAUGAGGGGCAGCGGCGCUGCUGAUAGCACCAGCAGCAGCAGCAGCAGCAGGUCGAGCGUGACCGCCAUCAACAGCAUCAGCAGCGGUGGUGGUGCCGGCGUGCCUCUGGCGCCGGCGCGGCUGGUGGCGGUGCUGCACGGCCUGACGCGGCUGGGGCAGCGGCUGAGUCAGCCCGCCUGGCGGGAGCUGCUCAGCUUCCUGCAGCCCCACCUGUCCUUCUCGCCCGCUCCGCACGCAAGCACUGCAGCUGCUACCAGCAGCAGUCCCCACACACACCACCAUCACCACCACCACGCCGCACGGGCCACGCCGCACAGUCAGCACGCGCCGCCUCCGCCUCUUCCGGCUCCUCCGCCUCCGCCUCCGCCUCCGCCUCCCCAGCCGCUGAGCCACUACGACCUUGUCGACUUGGCUGAGGCUAUGGCGGCGGCCGGCUGCAACCCCAGCACAGCCUUCCUGGCGGCGCACGCGGCGGCGGUGGCGGGCUGGGCGCGGCAGCUGACGGGCCGCCAGGCGGCUCGGCUGCUGUGGGCGUACGCGGCCCUGGACUACAGUCCGCCGCCGGCAGUGCUGGGCAUGCUCGCAGCCACGGUGCAGGCACAGGUUCACGGCGUGAGCGAGCCCCUGGAGGUGGCUCGCGCAGCCGCCGCACUGGUGCUGCUGGCGGAGGCAGCUGCCGACAGCGCCGCCGCCGCUGCCGCGGCUGCUGGCGCUGCCUCGGUCCCCGUCAACGGCGGUGUAUCGGGCACCGGCAGCGAGACGGAUGACAACGUAGCCACCACUGCAGGAGACCCUGGGCAACAGCAGCAACCACAGGGCACCAGUGGCGGCAGUAGCACCACCACCAGCAGCAGUAGCAGGCUGGGCAGCGGCUCUGGAAACGGGCUGCUACAGCACCUGUUCGAGGCGGCGGCGGCGUGCGUGCGCCACCACAGGCGGCUCUGCCGGGCGCAGCGCACCGCGCUGAAGGCGCAGCGCCGGCUGCUGUGGGCGCAGCAGCAGCAACAACAGCAGCAGAGGCAAAGCCGUGAGCGGCUACAGGUGCAAACGGAGGGGCAUCUGCAAAACUCGGACGCGCCAGGGGCUGGCGCCUCGGCGCAAGCUGCUCCGUCGGAGCUCCUGCCCAUGGACGACCUAUGGUCUUGGGUGCCCAACCCCAACCUGUUGCUCGGCAAGCCAUCCCCACCACCAUCACGAUCCCCACCGCCAACAGCUACGACAACAGCAGAGGCGACAGCCGCGGCGGACGCUGAGAUAGCGACAGCGAAUGCUGCCGCUGGUGCUGAUGCUGUCGCAGCAGACGCGGCCAGCUUGGCAGGCCACGCGGCGGCGCCGCCGGUGCCGUCCCCUGCGGAGCGGCGCAAGCGCCAGGCGGCUGUGGAGCAAGUGCGGGCGCUGCGGCAGCAGGAGGCGCUGCUUGACUGGCUGGCGGCGGCGGCUGGGCUGCCGCUGGGCAGCAGCGGCUGUGUCACUGGCAGCAGCGGCAUUGGUGGAGGCGAGGAGGCCGAGGCCGGGACGGCUGCUGGAGCCUCUGGAGCCGCUGCUGCCUCGGCUGCGGAUACGCCGAUGUUGUCGCCGUCACGGCCGCAUCUGACCUUGUCGCAAGGCGGUGCCGGCGUGGUUCUGCGACUGGACUGGAGCUCUGCUGGACCCGCUGGACCUGCGGCGCCGGCGGCCGCGGCAGCACUUACGGCGCAUGGCAAGGCUGUGGCUGAGUCGCACCGCCCCGGAGGCAGCAGCACCGGUAGUUGCAGCGGCACUGGCUGGCCGCCGCUGCUGCCCGAGCCGCUGACGCCCGAUGGGCUGGUGGUGGUGUCACGCCUGCUAUGCCUUCGCGGCCUGGGCGGCACCGGCAGUAGCACUGGCAGCCUCCGCCCUGCUGGGGCAAGCGCUACCAUGGCUGCGGCUGGCGGCGGCGCCCUCAGUCACGGUUGGGCGGCGCACUGCUGGCGGCUGCUGGCGGCGUUGCCGCCCGACCAGCUGCGCCCUGCCGACCUGGCGCCGGCGGCGCAGCUCCACUGCCGCCUCUACGCCGCGCACCCGCGACUGCUGCACGCUGAUGCAACGCCCUCAGCCCCCGUUGGUCCCGCGAGCGACGUGGCGGCGGCGCCGGCGCCGCUGCGGUGUCUGGUGGCGGCCGCCGUGGCCGGCAUGGAUCGGCUGUCGUACGGGCAGUUGGUGGGUCUGCAGGCGGCGGUGGCGGCGGCGGCGGCCGAGCCGGGCGUGCGGGCGUGGCUGCAGCGGCAACAAGAAGACUGGCAGCAGCAGCAGCAGCAGCAGCAGCAGGGAGGCGGAGGCGGUGGUGGUGGUUGGCUGCACGGAGAUGCAGCUCUGCUGGCGGCUGCCUUGGAGAGCGCCGGUGUCGGCGAGGACAGUGCGGCGAAGGCGGACCCGGGCGCCUGGUUGGCCGCGCUGCUGAGUCCACCGCGCCGCCACCUCCAGCCAGCGGCGGCGGCGCCGACGGAGUCUGCAAGGGCUGGCGGCCGCCGUGCUGCCCGCUCACAGCCACAGGAAAACGAGCCCGAGCCGGAGCUACACUCUUCCACCCCCGCCCCCGCACCAGCAGCAGCAUCAACAGCACACGCCAUUCAGACUCCGCAGUCUCCACAGCACCCAUCCGCCGGCGCCCCUGCAGCCGCAGCCGCAGCCGCAGCCGCACCCGCAAUGUCACCUGCUGCGUCCGCCGCUGCGCUCACGUGUGCACCCGCCGCUGCGCCCACGUCUGCGCCCGCCGCCGCCGGCACGCUGCGCAUCCUGGUCCACUUGCUCCGCAGCUGCGCGGACGCGCGCGUGUCGCUGCCGCCGCAGCAGCUGGCAGCCAUGCGCGCCACGUGGCGCCAGCAGUUGCAGCUGCAGCCGCAGCCGCAGGCGCAGGCGGCGGCGCUGCAGCCGGCGGUGCAGGCGCAGCGGCUGCAGCGGGCGCCUGCGGCAGAGGUGCCGGCGGCGGUGGCGGCGGCCGUGGACGCUCAAGAGGUGGCGGAGCUGCUGCUUGCAGUGGCGGCAGCGGCGCCGAACGCGGGACAGGAGCGGGACGAAGCGGUGCUGGAGCUGGCGGUGGUGCUGGGUGAUGCCGGCGGCGGCGCCGCUGCCGCAGCCGGCCUGCGGCGGCUGCCGGCUCAGCAGCUGGCCGAGGUCCUUCACACCGUGACAGUGGCGCUGGGCGCUGGGGUUGCCGCGUGGUCGCUGGCAACGUCGGCGACGGCGCAUGCUGGGAUGGGGACGGCUGCGGAGCAUCGGUCGGGGCAUGUAGGUCCGGCGCUGCCCCUGAUGCUGCAGCACCAGCACCGGUCGCCGCGGCACCGCGCCGCCGCCGUGGUUCGCCUGGUGGACCCGCUGCUCGCAGAAAUCCAGCGCCGCCUGCAGGGGUCCGCGGCCGCUGUGGGCUCCGCUCCAGUCGCAGGAUGCGGAUCCGCAGCAGCAGCACGACGAGCAGUAGCAGAGGGUGCGGCGGUAGCAGCAGCCUGGCCGCCGCAGGCCUGGCAGCUGCUGGUCCGCUCCCUGGCGCGCCUGGCCUACAGCGGACCCGCCUGGCCGCAGCGGCUGCGGCAGCGCGAGACUGCCAUCGCCGCCGCGGCGCGCAACGUGGGCUUGUCUGCCGCAGCCCCCACAGCUGCGGUGGCGCUUGGUGCUGUUGCUCCCGCGGCGGCUGCCAACGGCGUUGCUCUGGGCGCGCUGGCGGCGCAGGUGAACAGCCUGCUGCUACCCGAGUCGCGCGGCCCGCCCAACGCCGCCGUGGCGCGCUACUGCCUGUGGGCCAUCCGGCAUCUGCUGGCGCCGCCGCCGCCUUCUGCGGGCUCCGCCGCCGCUGCUACAGCCUACGCUGGGCCAGCUCCGCCGCCGCCGCCGCCGCAGCUGGCGGCGUGGAUGCGCUGCUUGGCGGGGCCCGAGGCCGCGCGCCAUCUGCGUGCGAUGCACCCUCGCGCCGCCGCCGACUGGCUGGCGCUGUGCGCGGCGGCCGGCGUGGCGCCGCCGCCGCCGGCCAUGCGGCACGCGUGGGCGCAGCUGCGGCGCGCCGCCGCCGCGCAGCUUCUGAGCACCUCACAGCUUUGUGGCGUGGUGUGGUGCGCCGUGCGGCUGGGCAUACGCGUGCCAAGAGACGUCCUGGCCGCCGCCUGCGAGGCGGCGGCUGCGGCGCACACGCCUGGUGAAAGUGGCACUGCUGCCGGCGCCUCCCUGGCUGUACCCGCAGCCCAGCAGCGAUAUCAGCAUCAGCACCAGCACCAGCAGCAGGUGGACCGGCAGAGGCGCGCGCUGGCGUCUGACGCAGUGCGGCUGCUGUGGGCUGUCCAGUACGACGACCGCUACACGCCGCCGCUGCCCGUGGCCACGGCGCUGUGCGGCCUGCUGGCGGGCGCCUGGCACCGCCGCCCAAACAGCGGCCCGGGCGCUGGCGCUGGCGCUGGUGCUGGCGUUGGCGCUGGUGGGGUUGACACGGUCAGUGGUGGUGGUGGCGGCGGGCUGCUGCCGUCCGAGCGCUCGGCGGCGCUGUGGGCGCUGGCGCGGCUGCCGCGGCCGGGCGCGGAGCGGGCGGUGGCGGAGUCUGGCCUGGGCCGCGCGGUGGUGGCGCAGCUGAUGCAGUCGGCCGGGCUCCACGGCGGCCGCAGCGGCGGCCGCAGCCGUAGCGGCAGCCCAGGUCGUGGCCGAAGCCGGGUUGCGGCGGCAAGCAUGUCAAGCAGCGGCGGCAGUGGCGCGGCGGCUGCGCCGACGCGUGAGGCGCGGUGCCUAUGGCGGCGUGCAUUGGCGGUGCCAGCUGCGGUUGAGCUGACGGCCGCCGGCGAGUUGGAGCAGCACCGGCAGGAGCAGCAACGGCAGGAGCAGCAGCUCUCCCGGGGCGACCUGGUGCGCCAGUGCUGGGCUCUGGCCAAGCUGCGCCAGCCGCUGCCUCUGCCACUGCUCAAGUACCUGCUGGGUCGGCUGGCAGCAGCGGCAGCAGCGCCGCAGCCGCUUGAUCCUGACGACUGUGCAUCCGCGGUCGCGCAACCUGUCAGCCAGCCCGGCGCCCAGCCGACGGGUUCGUCAGGCCAGGCACACCUGCUCACGCCCAAGGAGGCCGUACAGGCCCUCUUCGCCGCCGCCAACCUGCGUGACGACAAUAGCAGUAGCAGCAGUAGCAACAGCAGGGGCAGCAACAGCAGGGGCAGCAAGGGCAGCAGUAUUGCUGGAGGUAACAAGGCCGGGGCCGGACCCAGCGCCGCGCACGUGGGCGCAAUGGUGGCGCUGCUGCGGCCGGUGCUGCUGGCGGCGCCGCCAGCGGCGCUGGACGCGCGUUGCCUGGCCGACGGGCUGGGCGUGCUGUCGCGGCACCGGCACCUGCUGCAGCCAGCCCGGGCCGCCCUGCGUCGUGAGCAGCAGCCCCUAGCCCAGCAGGCGCACGCGCACGCGCACGCGCAGUGGGAGCGGGAGCGUCAGCCAGAUGAGGGAGACAGUCAGGGAGAGGGACAGCAGCAGGCGCACCCGCGAACGCCUCCGGCGGCGGCUGCAGCCGCCGCAGCCGCCCCCGGCGGCGGCGGCUGGCGCUCCGACCCAUGGGUUGUGGCGGCGCUGGAGCGCGCGGCGGAGCUGUUCGUGGCCUCGGUUGCGCGUGGCCUGGGGGACCGGCCCGUGCCGGCCGGCUGCGUGCUGGAGGUGCUGUGCGCCGCUGGCUACCUGCGCGCCCCCGUCAGCGCCCGCCUCGCAGCGGCGGCGGCGGCGCUGCUGCAGCUGCACAUGCCAGAGAUGGCGCCGGCGGAGCUGGCGGAGGUGGUGGUACUGUGCGCGGCUGGUGCGAGUGCGGGUGCAGGUGCUGGGGCUGCUGCUCGUGUUGCUGGCGCCAGUGAUGGCAGCAGUGUGGCGUUGCCAACGGAGCUGUCGUGGGAGGCCCUGCGGCGGCUAGUGGUGGUGGAGGCGGAGGCGCGGCUGCGAGGCGGCAGCAGCGCGGCAGCGGCGGCUGAGGCUGCUGCCGCUGGCCCGGAGCAGGACACGGCUGAGGCCGUAGCAACGUCAGCCGGCGGCAGCAGUAGCAGCGGCCUCCUCGAGCCGGACGAGCUCGCGCGCGUUGUCAUGGCGGCGACGCAGGCUGUAGCAGCCGACCUGCUGCCUGAGUCCGGCGAGCCAGCUGUUACUGCUACUGCUGCUGCUGCUACUACUGCUGCUGCCACGGUUGCCGUUGCUGCUGCAGCCGCCCCUAGCUCGCUCACGCAGCAGGUGGCGCUGCUGCAGCGCCGGCGGCUGCUGUCGGGCUACGUCAUGGCGUUGGCGUGCCGACCAGACGAGCCCCGCAUGGCCGCCAUGAGUGCGGACCAGCUGUCGAUGCUGGUCGAGGGCGUGGUGGCGGCGGGCGCCGCGCCGGGCGCUGCCUGGCUGCGCCGCGCCACCGAGCUGAUGGCGGCGCCGCCGCGCCUGGCCGCCGCCAGCGGCCUGGGGCUGGCGCGCAUGGCGGCGGCGCUGCUGCGGGCGGAGCACUGGCCGGGCGAGGGCUGGGUGGAGGCGUGCCGGCGGCAGGCGGACGCCCUGCGCCUCGCGGGACGGCUGCCAAAGGCCGCGGCGGCGCAGCUGCAACGGGCCCUCACUGGCCUGCGCACCCUCGACGCCGCAACAGUUGCUACCCUGCCAACGCUCACCGCAAGCUCUGGCACCACCGCCGCCUUCACCUCCUCCUCCUCCUCUGCGGCCUUGGACGCAGUGCACCAGCACACCGCCAGCCGCCCGCCACGCUCCCAGCUACAGCCACAGCAGCAGCCGCAGCCGCCGCAGCAUGUACAGCCGGAGCAGCUACAGCCCGAGCUGCAGCCGCUGCUGUCGGAGCUGCUCGAGAGCGAGGUGCACCGCAUCAUGGGUCUGGCACGCGGCGUGCACACCGCCUUCACCGCCGCCGCCGCGGCCGUGCUGCGCGCGCCGCCGGCGCACGCCUACCUCUCCGGCCCCGCUCCGGACCCCACGCGCGGCGCUGCCGCGGCUUCCGCCGCCUCUGCUCAGCAGCCCGGUGCAGCCGGACUGGAUGCAGCCGGCGCAGCUGCUGCCGGCGCCGACUCGGGCGCCGCGCUGGCGCUGCGGCCGUCCGCGGCCUUCUCCAAGCUGCUGCUGCUGUACCGGCUGGCGGAGGCGCGGGUGGAGCAGGUGGUGGCGCUGACGCUGCGCGUGGCGCUGCUGCAGAGCGCCUACACUAUGCACAUGCUGCAGCAGCAGCACCGCGCCGCGCUGGCGGCGCAGCACGCGCGGAUGCUCCCGGCGCCCUCGUCGCCGGGGCGGAAUGGGCAGCGCCAGGAGGGGCUACGGGCGCGAGAGGCGCAACUGGCUACCAGUGCCACAGGCGCCGCCGCCGCUGGUGCCGCUGCUGCGCUGUACGGCGGAGGCGGAAGCGGCGACGGCGCAGCGGCCUGGCACGGCGGCGACGGCCCGUGCCCACUAGUCGCCGCGUGGCCCCGAGCCAGCGCGUCGGAUGCUAGACGGGGCACUUCAGGGCGCCCGCUGCCGCCGCCGCCUUCAGGCUCGUCGCUGCGCGUGGCUCCGGCGUCGUUGGAGCCGCUCGCCGCAAUGCUGGGGUUGCCGCCGCCGGGCACGGCGCUGGGUCGGGCAGACGCCACCGGAGCUGCGGGUGCGGCAGGCGGCGGCGGCGGAGAAGGUGGCGGUAGCGGCGAUGGCAGCAGCGGCGGCAGCAGUGGCGGUCGUGUGCGGCUUCACCGCCAGCGGCGGCCGCACGGGCCUGAGGCUUCCGCAGCCUCUGAGCCGUCGCUGGUGCCGCCCACAGCCGCGGAUGGCCAGCAGACUACCGGCAGCAGCCGGUACCCUGGUGGCUGUGCCUUGCCGCCCUUCGCGUUUGGCGCGAGCAUGGUCGGCGGGAACAGCAGCGGCAGCAGCGGCAGCGGCAGCGGCAGCGGCACGGGCUGGAAUGUUGCUGCGGAUGCGUCGCGGCUGGGCGGGGCGCUGUCCGGCGCGGGCCCCGGCGGUGCGCUGCAGUCGGCUCCGGAUGAGCAGCUGCUGGUGUCGCUGCUGCACCUGCGCAGCCUGGGCAUGGUGCACCGCCGCCUGUACGACUAGGACUUUAGGCGGGACUGCGAGGCAGGGAGGAGCCACACAUUACCACGCCCUGGAUAGCUGGAUAGAUAGACAGAUGGAUAGCUCGAUGUUUGGCGGCGUUGUUUUGUAUUCCUAUGGACCGGAGUUGUAUGUACGGGUGUACCGUAGUAGUCCGAUGCCGAUGUUUGGCUCCAGCAGGACAGAGGGGUCUCCAGCGUCCAGCGUUAGAUACAGCUAGGCAGGCGUCUUGGGCGCGGGAUAAGUAGCAUGGUACUUGUGUGAGGGAAACAAAAUGGGAAGUGGUCGAUGUUGGUGCCGUGGUAAGGCCGGUGCGCGUCAAGCACUGACAGCGAAGUGCAGAAACAGAAGGCGAGACGUUGGCGGACCGCUCGCUCUUAAGCUGCUUUGGCAGUGACGGUCCGUGAAGCGGUCCGGUGCUGUAAAAGUGGCACGGAGUCGAUUUGGGAGCUCGCCUUUGCAUGGAUGCUGAUAGUGCCCGAGGCUAAUGAAGAUGAAUGCUUACCGUAUUGCAUAGCCAGUCGUGUUGGCGGAGGUUUGCUCCUUUGGGUGCGCUUGUUCCUAAAGCGUGCAGCCAUACGGCAUGUCACUUGUACUAAUGCACAGGCGCUCCAGGCUGCAUUUGCGUGCCUGCGAAAAAGCGUGCUGAAGGCCAAACAGAAUCUGCUUGGACAUGAGUGUCGAUGCCGGCCAGGCUGCCACACACGGGGCCUGGCCACCAGCAGAAAGGAUCAUGGCCACACCGCACGUGUCGUGCCUUGUGCCGAAACACGGACCGCCAAUUGCUCAGACUGCCAACUGGAGUCGUGCGUGGUGGGCCUUGUGUAUGGGGGCACAACGGCGCUCGUAGUGUAUUAGAAAAUGCGAAGGGAGAGAGCUGUGGGGCCAGUUAGGGCGAGGAGUGGCGAGGCGAGGCAGGCGCAUGGGGAACUGAGUGCCUAGGGCAGGGGUGCCCUGGCCUAGCGCCUCAUGUAAGCGCACGCGAUG